AUGAGCGGCGCUGCUCCGAGGCCGGGAAGUGCACACUUCCUCCGCGCUCAGCAGCUGUUCCGGAAGGAUCAAUGGUCUCAAGCUGCCAAAGCUUUCAAGGAGGCGAUUGACGCAGGAAGUGAGGAGCCCGAGGCGUAUGAGAGCAUGUCGACUUGCUAUCUCCGGCAAGCUCAACGGGAAGUCAAGGAACACGAGGGGACUGGGAAAGGCGGAGAUGGGCUGGGGAUGUACGAGGCGGCGGUGGAGGCUGCGUUGAGGGCUGAGGCGAAGUCUGCAGGGGAGCGAUGGCAGCCAUCCUUCAUUCUCGCCGACAUCCUCUUUUCUAGACAGCAAUACAUUCUCGCUGGUCUCCAUCUCAGACACGCUAUGGCCCUUCCCUCCUUCAUCACUGCGACUCCACAAGAACGGUCUCUCCUGUCAUCCUUCUCGGACCGGAUAGCUCUACACACCCAGCAGCUGCGCCAAUCGUUCGCCGAGCAGGAGCAGGGCACGACGGACGUACAUCGGUCGAAACGGCGGUCGAGCGAACGAGCGGGUCCAGAGCUGGACCGCUCCGCCAGCGUCAUCUCGAAGCUCUCGCCGGACAUCCUCCUCCGCGUCGUCGAGGUGGGGCGGGUGGAUGAUCCAGGCCUCCCGGAACGGCUGAGCGGGGUCUGUCGGCGGAUCCGGCAGAUCCUGGUCGGCCAGCCGGGGGUCUGGCAGAAGCUGGAUAUAGGAGGAAAGCCGCACCUAGAGCUCAGGGUCAAGACGUACCUGGAGCGCUGCGAUGGGGACAAGGGACUGAGUGCGACCGGACUCAAGGAGCUGCGGAUCCGAGAGAGCUAUAAAUGGGAGGACCCAGCGGCGAUCGGGCGAAUACUUGCUCCUCAUGCUGGGUACAUCGAGCGGCUCGAAGUCGUCGCCAAAGACCCGGUCGGACUCCUGUUUUGGCUCCGCGCUUCGAUGGCCCACUUGCGGUACCUCACCAUCAGGUGCUCCAGCCAAGAAAAGUAUCUCUCGAUGAAAAGUCUUCAUUUCGGGCUGCUGCCUGCAGGGUCGGGUCAACUGGAGGAAGUCGACAUCGAGGCCGUUCGGUACCAGGGCGAAGACGCCCCAGGCGGCGAAAACAUAUCCUGGGUCGAGAACCCCCGCAUCCAGUUGGCCAAUCUAAAGGUCCUGCGCCUCCAAGAAUGCUGGACAUUCGGCGCGUACGACGACCUACUGGUCCUGCUACGCUCGGCGCUGAUACUUCGGGAAGUCUAUAUCGGGGCGUUUUACUGGCAUCCGGACACGGAGGGUUCAGCAGAGACGGGAAAGCCUCGGACGCUCAUACGGCUGGAACACCUCAAGAAGUGGUCUUGUCAACCCGACGAGAUGGAAGAUCAAUUUGAUCACAUCGGCCUCUUCCGAGCAAUAUCGGCGCCGUCGCUCACGCACCUCGAUCUCUUAAUACCGGACCGAGAUUCUGCAGGUGUUCUGCAAGCUGAGGGGCUGCGCGAUGCCUUACCUCAUUUGCUCGAACUCACUAUCCGCCAUGCGGACCUCCAGGCGGACAGCGGCAUCCCCUUCGCCGAAGCUCUCCAGCCUCUGAGCGCUCUCCGCUAUCUACACCUACACGACUGUGAAAAUACUGGCGAAAACUUCUACCGUCCAUUCACCGCCAAUACUACCCCACCUCUCCUCCCCAAUCUCGUCGCUCUCGCAAUCUCGGAGGACCCCCACGUGCAGGCAGCUACGCUUCGCAGUCUAGUGGAAUCCCGCGUACCGCACGCCGAUCGGUCGGUCCAAUCGGUAGCGGGACUACUCGCAAUCCGGUCGCGUCGGCUAGCCAAUCCGGAUCCACUGCCGUUCGCGGCUUCGCAGCAGCCACCGUCGUCCUCGGAUACCUCCGCCAUGGCCGCGAUACCUCCCCCUCGACUCAGAUGGCUCAGCAUCUCCGACUGCAAAGGGGUCGACCCCAUGGACUCCCUCAUCUAUCCAUACCUAGAGCUAUCGCUGGAUUACUACAAAUGCAGCAGUGAUAAGCCCCCAGGCGCUGGUCGCGGGAUGUGGGAUAGUGUCGGGAGAGACCACUUCCUGCGUGGGGACUGGGACAUGGCCACAAACUCGCUCAACGAUGCCAUACUGUCAGGCUGCGAGGAGCCCGAAGCGUACGAGUGCUUAGCGACAUGUUACCUACGCCGAUAUCGCCAAGAAGCCUUUGAGCAGACAAGGACAGGAAGCGGCGCGGAUGGGUUGAUGAUGUACGAAUUGGCGGUACAGACGGCUAUGAAAGCUGAAGCGAGCUUCGGACAGACUCGAUGGCAGCCAUACUUCAUCCUGGCCGACCUUUUCUCUCUGCGACAGCAAUACACCCUCGCCAGAUCCUACUAUUCCCACACCCUUGCCCACCCCUCCUUCCUCUCUGCAACUCUACAAGAACGGUCUCUCAUUCUGACCCAGUCCGAGGACGUCGCCCAUCAUCUCCUUUCCGGUUGGCCUCGCCCACCGCUGCAAGUCGGCGGCGCUCAGGAACGGCCCGUACAGGCUGUAGCCAUUCAAUCGCCGGGUCACCGACAGAACCGGCUCCAGUCUGUGCUCCCACCGGACGUCAUCCUCCGCAUCGUCGAGGUGGGAAGGAUCAGCGACCCAGGUCUGCCGGAACGGCUGAGCGGGGUUUGUCGGCGGAUCCGACAGAUUCUGGUCGGCCAGCCGGGGCUGUGGCAGAAGCUGGUUUUAGGCGGAGGAAAACAUCCGGUUCUAAAGACCAAGACCUAUCUGGAGCGGUGUCGAGGCGGAAAUGAGGCCGGGGAAACGGGGCUCAGGGAGCUACACGUCACUGAAGACUUCGACUGGGAGGACUGGGAGGUGGCGGAUGCAGUCGGACGCCUACUCCCACCGCACGCCGGCUUUAUCGAGCGAUUACAUCUCCAGUCGAAGGAGCAUACCCCAGCACCAAUCACACGUUGGCUAUAUCGGUCCAUGUCUUCCCUUCGGUCGCUCACGGUGGAGACAGACUGGUCAAACGCGGAGCCGACGACGUCCAGCCUAGACUUCGACCUGCUCCCCUCCAACUCGGGCCAACUCGAAGAGUUGACGCUACGAAGGGUGACCUUCGCUGCUGGAAAGCGGCCAAGACAAGGGGAGGACGGUACGGAGGAGGACGAAGCCGUAUGGGAAUCCUGA